CUCACUCGCUGACACACUUUAAUGGACACCCGGCUGGGCUUUGAGUGUGGGACGGCCCACACUGCGCUCCACUCGAUGAGAACGAGCGCAGAAAGAGGAGAAGCACAAGAGCUGUGGGAAAUGAUGGUGCCUCUCUCUCAGGCUGUGCAUAGGACUGCUUGGGAAUAGGCUACAGCGGACAUUUUUCAAGACUGAAGAAACAAUGCCACAACUCAACAAUUCCAAGAAAACAAAAUGUAAUUUUUACGUUUGGAUCUAAAUACAUUGGCAAAUAUUAAUUGGGCCAUAUGUUACUGGAGUGUGAACAACUGAACAGACGACAACCUGUAUGUUUAAAUAUGUAGUACUUUAGAGGUUUAAUUUAUUUUUUAUAAUCAUACUUGAAUUUCACAUUCUAACUGAAAUACAUGAAGAUAUGUUUCAAUUUAAAAUAUUUGAUACAAGUUUUCAUGUUGAUAAAUGGAGUAAUCUUAAUGGGUACACAAAUCUGUCAUCAAGAAACAUGACACAAAGACACAGUAAUAGAUUUAAGAAUGACACAAUGAGUCAGCAAAACCCCAUUAUGAAACAUGACACAGAGAUGCAGUGAUAGGUCUAAGAAUGGUGAUGUCGCAUUAGGCCAUGGUUUGCCAAAUGUAUAUACUUACACGUGCCCAACCUUCUGUGAAGAGAAUGUGUUUUUAUAAAAUGGAGGUGUGAACAUAAAAAGAUAGAUAAAUAGCACAUUUGAAAGCUAGGAGCAUUGCCAGUACGGCUAAACCUCAAUGAAAGGAGCAGGGGAUUUUCAUUCAUCAGACAACACGGAAACUAGUCUUCUAGAGACUUCCACCAGGACGACCAGGCUAUAAAUACAGGUACCUGAGUGGCGAUGCUGAGCCUGAGGCUGCCCCAGUCACUUGCGACUGAUACUGUUUCUUGGGAUGGACAGUCAUAACGGAAGAAUUAAAAUCCGUUCAAUUCUUCUAUUUUCAACGGACCUCACACGGCCUGAGUGAAAUGAGUAUCGGCUAAACCUCAAUCUGCUGAGAGCGAGGGGCCUCUGAUGUAACUCUGAGGGUGUACCAUGCUGCGGAGGGGGGCUCUGGGCUUAGCGGUCCGCGUGGGGACGCUCCUGGUGGCGGUGUGCUCCUCCCUGUCCCUGCUCUACGUGUUCGCCUGCAGCCCACCUUCUGCCGAGAGGCUGUCCCUCCCACCCGGAGUCCACGUCCCCACGGAUAAGGAGGGCUACCAGGCCCUCCUGCAGGAGAGGGAGGAGCACCACCGGCACUACAUCAGCAGCCUGGAGAAGCAGAUCUCCCAGCUGAAGGAGGCCCUGGAGCAGCGCGGCCAACAGCUGGAGAACCUGAGGAGGUCCCGGGAGCAGGCGGCAGGGACGCCCCCCGUCGAGGCCCCGAACGGGGCGGGCGACCUGCAGGAGUUCCUCCAGAACCAGCUGGCCCGCGCCGAGGUCCACACGGGGGCCAGGGUCCUCAACGAGUACUCGCUGGUGCCCUUCCAGACUUUCACGCUGCAGAAGGUCUACCAGCUGGAGACCGGGCUUACCAGGCACCCGGAAGAAAAGCCCGCCCGCAAGGACCAUCGAGACGAGCUGACCGACGUCAUCGAGACCGCUCUGCAGGCCCUGAACGCGCCCUGGGAAAGAGACAGCCCUAACCACCGCCGCGACUAUUCGCCCAGCGACUUCAUCGAAGGUAUUUCACGGACGGAGAGAGACAAGGGGACUCUGUACGAGCUGACUUUCAAGGGCGACCAGAGCCGUGAGUUCAGAAGGCUAGUGUUCUUCCGUCCGUUUGGACCUCCGAUGAAGGUGACAAGCGAGCGAGUGCGUACGGACAAUAUGAUCAUCAACAUCGUCGUGCCCCUGUCUAAACGUGUGGAAAAGUUCAGACACUUCAUGGUUAACUUCAGAGAAGUCUGCAUUCGGCAGGAUGGUAGAGUACACCUCACCGUGGUGUACUUUGGGAAGGACCAGAUUACGGAAGUGAAAGGGAUACUCAAGAAAACAUCAAAAGAGAUGAACUUCAGAAACUUCACCCUGGUCCAGCUGAACGAGGAGUUUUCCCGCGGGCGGGGACUGGAUGUGGGGGCGCGGACCUGGAAGCGAGGCAAUGUCCUCCUCUUCUUCUGUGACGUGGACAUCUACUUCUCCGCCGAGUUCCUCAACUCCUGCCGGCUGAAUUCGCAACCCGGUAAAAAAGUGUUCUACCCAGUUCUCUUCAGCCAGUAUAAUCCAAGUCUGGUUUAUGGCAACCAUAAAGCCAUUCCACCUUUACAACAACAGCUGGUGAUUGAUAAGGACACUGGAUUUUGGAGAGAUUUUGGUUUUGGAAUGACUUGUCAGUAUCGAUCGGAUUUUAUCAAUAUUGGCGGGUUCGACAUGUCGAUCAAAGGCUGGGGCGGGGAGGACGUGCACCUCUACAGGAAGUACCUGCACAGCGGCCUGCUGGUGGUGCGUGCCCCGUCCCGCGGCCUGUUCCACCUGUGGCACCAGAAGAGCUGCUCCGACCAGCUGCCGCUGGAGCAGUACCGCAUGUGCAUGGAGUCCAAGGCCAUGAACGAGGCCUCCCACGGGCAGCUGGGAUUACUCUUCUUCCGCCGGGAGAUCCAGGCCUACCUGCGCAGGCAGGUGCGCCGGGCCAACAGCACCAGGUCCUGACAGGAGGGGGGCAGGGACCGGGCCAACGGCACCAGGUCCUGACAGGAGAGGGGCAGGGACCGGGCCAACGGCACCAGGUCCUGACAGGAGGGGGGCAGGGACCGGGCCAACGGCACCCGGUCCUGACAGGAGAGGGGCAGGGACCGGGGUAAUGGCACCAGGUCCUGACAGGAGAGGGGCAGGGACUGGGGUAAGGGCACCAGAUCCUGACAGGAGAGGGGCAGGGACCGGGGUAAUGGCACCAGGUCCUGACAGGAGAGGGGCAGGGACUGGGGUAAGGGCACCAGAUCCUGACAGGAGAGGGGCAGGGACUGGGGUAAGGGCACCAGGUCCUGACAGGAGAGGGGCAGGGACCGGGGUAAGGGCACCAGGUGCUGACAGGAGAGGGGCAGGGACCGGGCCAACGGCACCAGGUCCUGACAGGAGAGGGGCAGGGACCGGGCCAAUGGCACCAGGUACUGACAGGAGCGGGGCAGGGACCGGGGUAAUGGCACCAGGUCCUGACAGGAGAGGGGCAGGGACCGGGGUAACGGCACCAGGUCCUGACAGGAGUGGGGCAGGAAAGGCAGGGGGCCGGCUCGGUAGUCGGUACCUGAUUGGGGAGACUGCAGGUCAUAGUAUUUUUGGCAAAACAUAAUAAUAUGGUGGACCAUAUUAUUGUACAAGGGAUUUAAGAACAAAUCUGUUUGUACAAGUAGUUCUUGCAUGAGGCCCAGUGUAUUACAGUGAUCUUCACUCCUGGUCCUGGUGGGGCUACAGGGUCUGCUUCCUGGUCCUGGUGGGGCCACAGGGCCUGCUUCCUGGUCCUGGUGGGGCCACAGGGUCUGCUUCCUGGUCCUGGGGGGCCACAGAGCUGGGCAGAGGAGAAGAUACGAGUGCACGGACAGUGGGGUUGAAUUAGGCAGAGAACUCUGCCUAGCUCAAGCUAGGUUUGGAAACAGCUGGUAGCUGGUCAUUUGACACUGGUCAUAGCUGGAUUUUUACACCAGGGAAGGAGAUGAGACGACAGGAGUGGAUGAGCGACAAAUGGACGUGAGGGUCGCUGGGUAGCCAGGCCUUGUGUACCUUGAAGAAGGGCGCGGUCUUGUUGAAGCAUAUUUGCUGAGACUUAUUGAUCCCCGUCUCUCCUGAUGAACACAUCCCUCGCACUCCGAUGCUGCCGUUCCCAGCAGAGCCAAGACCUCGGUGCAUUUAACUGUAACUGUACAGAUGUCUUUAAAAAUAUGUCUAUAUGUACAUAAGAGCUUUAUGAAUUGGAUCCCUCCAUUUUGAGGGGCGUGGAAAUCAGUCUCAUUCAGCCAUUCUUAAGUGUCAUUUGCACUGGAAAUUCCAGUCUAAUCUUCCUGGGUGUGAUAAAAGCCAGGUAAUUGACUGAUGAUAACUCCCCCAGAUAAGUGUGCUAAUAUGGCCCCAUGAAAUGAGCAGAAGGAAGCAGUCUGGGAAAUGGAACGGCAAAUUCAGACAUUUAUAAACUAUAUUACAAACUAGCUAGUUACAAUCAGCAACCAUUUACAGGUUUCCCACAAAAAUUGAUCCUGAAGUAAGCUGGAAUAGCACUUUUCCAUUGAUACUAAUAUUUAUUAAACGCAUAGUGAUAUCAGUUUAGACUGUGGAACAGAUGUAUACUGAGAGCACAGCAGAGUGAAUGUACAUUUAAGUACAUCAAAGAUAUGUAUCUAAAUAUAUGGUUUAUUGUUCUGUCUUCUUUGACAUUGUAAGUAUAGUUAAUCCUUGUUACACCAUUGUAAUAUCUCAUAGAAUAAUUAUAAUUAUGUUAAAGUGUAUUUUCCACAGCACUCUGAUUAAAAUUUGAAUGAGCAAUGAGAUGAUGCGACUGAACAAUGAUAAUUAGGACCUGUAUGUUUACAAUGAUAAUUUGGAUAAUUGUAAACAUACAAUUCUAAUUAGGACCUGUUAAUUCCCAUUCUGUUCCUAUAAAAUGUUCAUUUAGGAUGUAAUACGAGAACAGUAAAAGGUAAAAGGUUGAUAAAAGGUUUUGUUACAAGAGAAAAUAGCGAAUGGAAGAGAAUGGUAGCUAAAGCUUACCACGAAUCUUGACCCUGAACAUGAGAUGACAGUAGUCAUCAUUACCAUGUCCAUGAUAGAGGUACAAAUCUAUCUACAAGAAGACUUUAAGGUAUUUAAAAAGAACUGCCUUGUAAUUAACUGUCUGACAAUCAUUUUUCAAUUAAACAAUAUAAGUAUAAAGCAGGUGGCACGGAUAGUGCAGUGGGUAGCACUGCUGCCUCACAGCAAGGAGGUCCUGGGUUCGAAUCCCUGUCGGCCGGGGCCUCUCUGUGCAGAGUUUGCGUGGGUUUCCUCCGGGUACUCCGGUUUCCUCCCACAGUCCAAAGACAUGCAGGUUAGGCUGAUUGGAGAGUCUAAAUUGCCCGUGGGUAUGAGUGUGAGUGUGAGUGUGAGUGUGAGUGUGAGUGUGAGUGUGAGUGUGUGAGUGAAUGGUGUGUGUGCCCUGCGAUGGACUGGCGACCAGUCCAGGGUGUAUUCCUGCCUUUCGCCCAAUGUAUGCUGGGAUAGGGUCCAGCCCCCCUGUGAGUGGGUUGGGAUAAUGAAUGAAGUAUAAAGCAAUUAUAGUUGGUAUUAAUGCUUUAAAUGUUUCAUUGAAAUGAAUGACGUCUGAUCUGACAAUGUAUUUGUGUUUGUUAUAUAUUAUAUGGGGAAUUAUCAUGAGAAAUAAAAUAAAUCCCAGUGUGCACUGUAAGCAAGCAAAUGGGAUACAGACAUUACUUGAAUCGGAAUGAAGAAGAAGAAGAUAGGACACCUAGUGGAAGUUCCCGAAUGUAUAAUGCGACUUUGGCAUUCCAAGAAAGUAUUCCACAUUGCACCAGCAGAUGGCGCCGUUGAAUGCAUAAGCGUUAUCGUGUUUCUCGUGUUAUGUGAUCUUGAACGCUUACGCAUUCUACGAGAGAGACGGAGAGACUGCUUUUCCAACCAUACGGUAUACAAACCCCACCGGGCAGCUGGGGGUUUGAUUACUUGCCGCUUUCUGCUUUCCACAUGUCUGAAUAAAGUUGAAAUACAUGAAGGUCUGUCUGCUCCUCAUUAGAACAGCUGGAGUGAUGCUGUUCAUUUUGGAUUAUAUUUGGGAAAAUUCAUUCAACCUAAAGAAAUGAAGAUAAUUAUCUAUGUUGCUGUACAUGUAUUGUAUGACCAGGCCUUAGGAGUGUACUGCUAGAUUGACAGUGUUGAAUAUUUGAGGUGGCCUGUAGCAUAGUGGCUGAGGUAAAUGACUGGGACCCGCAAGGUCGGUGGUUUGAAUCCCGGUGUAGCCAUUAUAAGACAUUAUAAGAUCUGCACAGCCAUUGGGCCCUUGAGCAAGGCCCUUAACCCUGCAUUGCUCCAGGGGAGGAUUGUCUCCUGCUUAGUCUAAUCAACUGUAUGUUGCUCUGGAUAAGAGUGUCUGCCAAAUGCCAUUAAUGUAAUGUAUUUGUCUUUUUUUUUUUGUUAUUUAAUACAUUGAUUCAGUACUAUCAUUCAUUAUGCAUAGAGGAUAACACAAUGCAUUUUUGUCAAAUAAAUGCCUGGUGUUGUAUUUAAAAUUA